AUGGCUCAGCAGGCGAAGCGAUCUCAAGUUGUACGGUCCCAUGGUCGUAUACUUCAAGCGACCCGAAGCCAAAGAAUUUAUCGGCGAAGGACUUCAGUGGCUGGACGAGAGUUCGGUACCGCAAGAGUGCUUGAACGUCUCGACUGGCAGAUGCACGGAAAUGAUCGCCAAGAUGUGUCCCAUGCGGCGGCUUUCUUGAGUCACACAGAAGGACCUAUCAGAAGUUCUAUCCAACAUAGUAUGAAUUACUUGUUCCGAUUGUUUGAGCUGAAUGUGAGGAAGAAAGGACUGGCACACGAGAGGCGGAUAAACUACAAGGAUAUUUGGGAUGCAGCAGUGCUGGCCAUCCAAAAACCUCAAGCACGAAAGAUCCAAGGAAAGCUGCUAACGGUGCCAAUGGGACAUCACGGGUUGCUCAAGAUGGACAUGUGCAGAAAGCUUGGCAGGUCUAUCACUGACGUGAGGCGAAGGCCAGGAAGGGCGGUGGAUGGGGUGAUUACCCGUGACUUCAACCGGCACGACCAGGUGAAGGGAGGAGACGAUGCAUCGGUGGCAAAACAGGGAAUGGUGGAUCCGAUUAUCGAUUUGAUGAACUAA